GAGACAUAACUCCUAUUCAAAAAACAGCUGCAAAUUAGUUUUCGGAGGAUUUACACAAGAACAGAGUUUAAAACUUCAUUUUGCUUCGUCUCCUGGAAUCAUGGCACCAAUUCUACUGAACUGUAUGGGGAAUGAUCACAAGGAGUAUAUCAAAGAACAAGUCCAAGUGAAAAACCCCUACCUGGAUACCAUGGAGGAGGAUAUUCUCUACCACUUCAGCUUGAGCACCAAGACUCACAACCUCCCAGAAAUGUUUGGAGAUAUUAAGUUUGUGUGUGUUGGUGGCAGUGCAAAUCGAAUGAAGGCCUUUGCCCAGUUUAUCCACCAGGAGUUGGAACUGCCUGGAAACCCAGAUGAAAUCGGAGAUAUCUGUGAGGGGACUGAUCGCUACUGCAUGUACAAAGUGGGCCCAGUGCUUUCUAUAAGUCAUGGCAUGGGUGUCCCCUCAAUCUCCAUCAUGCUGCAUGAGCUCAUCAAACUGCUGCACCAUGCCCAAUGCCGUGAUGUGGUUCUGUUUCGCCUGGGAACAUCUGGUGGAGUUGGUCUGGCUCCAGGGACGGUGGUAAUCACAGAAAAAGCAGUGGACUACGCCUUCAGGCCCCAGUUUGAGCAGGUGGUUCUGGGUAAAGUGAUCACCCGGAGCACUGAGCUGGAUGAAGGGGUGUCCAAUGAGCUUCUGCAGUACUCCUCCGAGCUUGAAAACUUACCGACAGUGAUCGGAAACACCAUGUGCACCCAUGAUUUCUAUGAAGGCCAGGGCCGACUUGACGGGGCUCUGUGCUCCUUCUCUCAUGAAGAAAAACUGGAGUAUCUGAGGAAAGCCUAUGAGGCCGGAGUGAGAAAUAUCGAAAUGGAGUCCACCGUCUUUGCAGCUAUGUGCCGUGUUUGUGGUCUCAAAGCUGCUGUGAUCUGUGUAGCAUUGCUGAACCGCUUUGACGGAGACCAAAUCACAUCUCCUCAUGAUGUUCUGGUGGAGUACCAGCAGAGACCUCAGAUCCUGGUGUCCCACUUCAUCAAGAAACGCCUGGGACAGAUUGCCUGAGACCUCAGCGCCUCUUAUCAACCCCAGACCUCCCAAAUGACUGUAUAUAGCUUUGACUGAUAUGUGUAUAUACUGUACUUAACAUAUUAAUAUGUGCAUUAGACACUUAUUUAAAAAAAUGUCAAGAUAUGUAUGAUCCCUUUGAUAAAGCUAAAAUAUUAUGUAUGUUGCACAUAUAUUUGCGUAUAUAUAUAGUAUGUAUUAUGUUUUACUAUUUAAUAGUUUGCUACCUAUGUAUGAGAAUAAUCAUUUUCUAACUAAUGUGUUCUGUAUGUUGAUUUCAAUACUUGACUUUUCAACAUUUGGUACUUUGUCUGUUAGCGAGGAACUAUUGAUUAUAUUUUGGUUGUUGGCCAAGUCCAUAACUUCUAGAUAAUAAUCAUCUGGAUCUUCACACAAUGUGCUUCAGUGAUCAAUGUGUUAUUAAAUACUCAGACACAUAUAUUACAUUUAGUAGCUUCUGCCAUAUAAGCUUGUCUAUGCAAUGUAAACCUCACAUAAGAAGUCAAUAAAUAUUGAUGAAUCUGCAGAAA